AUGCACACUCGUGAAGAGGUUGGCACUGCUGUCGAGACUGCACAGGAUCUUGAAGCAUCCUUCGCGUGGGCACCUCCGCUCUCGACCAAGUCUCUCGAUGCAGAUGACCUUCUUGCUGGUCCAGAGAGUGUCUCACCUGACGAUAUUGCUGCUGAAUUUGCAGCUCUCGAAGAGUUGAAAAGGACAGAAGAACUAGCUAGCGCGUACAGGGAAGGCUCUGUGUACGCGCAACCCUUAUCAUCACGUUCAGAGAUGACUGUGGAGGCGGAGGAGAAGAAAGUAAACGUCGCCCAACUGAACUUGUUCGACUACCACACCGGGAUCGAGAGGUCAACAUCAGCGUGUCAAGAGUUGACAUGGACAACUUGUAGACUCUGCCGCUAUGGCAUAAAUAUCACCGAAGCCCUCGUCGCAUCCGAAGCACGCGCCCGUUUCCCCUCUAACACCCGUUUCCGUCUCUACAUACCCGCUUCCUACCUCCAACGCACAAGUUACCACCUUUGA